AUGCGGUCCUUUACGAACGCGCAGGCCGUUCUCGGCCUGUGCCUCCUCGCACUAAGCAACUCCGCCCUCGUCAUCGCCGCGGCUUCCGACCCAGUUCCAACACCAGGCCCUAUCUCACUGCAAGAUGGCUUUGCUUCGAUGCCCGACUGCGCGAAAACUUGCUUCACGGAUGCACUCAGCAAGUCUCACUGCACCACCCCGGAGGCCUCUUGCCUCUGCCAGGAUACCAAGUUUGAAGAUGCUGCGACAGCAUGUAUCAUGUCCGGCUGCUCGAUCAAGGAAUCUCUCGCCGCCAAAAAUGCUACUUCCCUGAUGUGCGGGGAGCUCCCGGAGAGGGACGGCAGCGUCAUCACGCUGUACUCGGUGUUUAUUGGCCUGGCAGUCGUGGCGGUGCUGCUCCGGGUUGUUGCGCGGGUGCUCACCAAGGCGUAUUUCUGGUGGGAUGAUUUUGCCAACCUGUUUGGGUUUAUCGGGUCGGCGGUGUUUACAGCUAUGAACCUGCGAGCCAUCGAUAUUGGCCAGGCCCUCGACAUAUGGUUUGUGCCUGAGCGGAACAUCACCCUCGUUCUCAAGUACUUCUUCGUCGAAAUGCUCCUCUACACCAUCACCCGAUUCUUCGUCCGCGCCUCCAUCAUCCUCUUCUACAUGCGCGUCUUUCCGCCAAGCCCGGGCAACAAGCUCGGCCGCAUCGUGCAAUACACCAUGAUCUUCAACUUUGUCUACAACUUCAGCUUCCUCUUCGCCGUCAUCUUCCAAUGCACGCCAAUCUCGGACUUUUGGACGCAGUGGGAGGGCACCAGCCAGGGCCACUGCGGGAAUGCGAAUAUCCUGGCUUGGGUCGCGGCCGCCACGGGGAUUGUGUUUGACUUGUGGUUGCUGGCGCUGCCGUUCUCGCAGCUGUGGGCGCUGAACCUGCACUGGAAGAAGAAGUUGAUGGGGGGGAUGAUGUUUUUCGUUGGUGUUGCCGUCAUGAUUAUUAGUCUGAUUAGGCUCAAAACUAUCAACGAAUUCACCCGCGCGGUCAACCCAACCAGGGACAUCGUCCAAGUAUGCCUCUGGUCUGGCAUCGAACUCGACGUCGGCGUCAUUUGCCCCUGCCUGCCCUCCUUCCGCCUCCUUCUCCGACGACUCCUACCCCGCGUCAUGGGCACUUCCAAAUACGAACUCGACCCGAUGUCCGAAGGCGGUGGAACCAGGAAGAGCGUGGCCGGGAUGCCCACGGCAGGAACAGGAGGGCUGGAAGCAGGUACUGCAGUGAAGACGGGAGAUGGGGAAUUUGCGAGCAAGGAAAUGGGACAUGGGUAUACUAGCAGUGGUGGGACCACUAUUGGUGGUGUUGGGAACUAUGGGCAGCACAACAACAACAGGAUCUUGGUGGAGAACACAGUAGCCAUCAAGUACGGGAGCGGCAGCGAGAUCUCUAGUGAGGAUGCUCGGAGCUCGGCGAGUGUGAAGGGGCUCGUGGCGCCGAGUCGGGCGCAUAUGAUGGAGGAUGAGGGCGACAAAAUGGGGUAUAGGAGGAAGAAGUAG